UUUCGAAAGUGACAAAAGGACUCUUUUUUUUAAGUUCUUGUUCUUGUUGUUCUUUCUUGGGAAGUGUCAAAUCAGCAGAUUUUACUGCUUAACUUAACUGUUACGCACUUUAAUUAUUCCAGCCAUCGACAAGUUAUUUUAAUACUUAUUUUAGAGGUAUACACUAAUAUUGCAAUAAAAUGAUAAAAAGAGGCGCACUCAUCGUAUUAGAAGGAUGUGAUCGGUCAGGAAAAACUACUCAAUGUCAAAAGGCAAUCAGGUGGUUACAAGAAAGCAACAAAGAAGCUCAUCUAAUGAGAUUUCCAGAUCGAUCAACUAUCAUUGGGAGUCUUAUCAAUAAAUACUUGGAAUGCAGCACAGAAUUAGAUGAUCAUGCAAUCCAUUUGCUCUUUUCAGCCAAUCGAUGGGAACUGUUGCCAGACAUUAAAAAAUUAUUGCAGAAAGGCACAAAUGUUAUCGUGGAUCGUUACUCAUAUUCGGGAAUUGCCUUCUCUGCCGCAAAACCUAACAUGGACUUAAGGUGGUGCCAACAAUCAGACAGUGGUUUGUUGAAACCUGAUCUGGUAAUAUUUCUUGAUAUUGAUCCCGUUGAGGCACAAACUAGGGGACAGUAUGGAUCUGAACGCUACGAAAAUCUCGAGAUGCAGAAAGUUGUCCGAUCAAACUAUCUGAAGCUUCAAGAUGAAUCAUGGAGGGUUGUAGAUGCCAGCAGAUCUAUGGAAGAAGUCGGGCGUGAUGUCUGUCGAUUGGUUCAGGAAGCAUUAGACAAUAUAACACCCGAUUCCGCAUUGAAGCAACUGUGGAUUUAAUUUGUGCCAAAUAAUUUUGAAGUUUAUUCACUUGUGUAACGACGAAAGCCCUUAGUGUAUUUCGGAUCCAUUAAUUUUAAAAUUAAAAUAAAUUGUUAGUCAUAUUUUGAA